UAAUUUAUAUGUUUUUUUGUUCGAAUUUAAACCAAUUCAACCAAUACGACAGCAUAUACAAUAUCAUUCACAAAUUUUACAUACUCGUCAAUUUAAUACAGCAAAUUGUCGUGGUUAUCCGACAAGUAUCGAAACUAACAAUAACGGCAGUAAUGGUGUCGGAAAUAGUUUUCAUUCAUAUUAUAAACAAUAUCAAAAUACAAGAAAUAAAAGUAAUUCAUCAUUAUCUUUUUAUAAUUCAUUACCAAAUAAAAAUGCAUUUAUUCAAGCAUUAAGAAAACAGUUAAACGAAGAUGUCAAGAUAAAACCGAAAAUUUGUAAAGAAAAAAUCAAAAUAAAAUCUCAAAUGGAAGUAGUGAAAGCAAUUGGACUAAUUAAUGAAAUGAUAACAAAAGAUACAAUAAAUCAAUUAACAUCAUCACAUAUUUUAUCAUUUUAUAUGAAAUUUAAUUCAUUGUAUUUUACCAAACCAUUUUAUUUGGAUUUAAUUUCUUAUUUGUUACGUCAGUGCUCUAAACAUGACAGAUUGGAUUUGGUUAACGUUAUUUUUGCUAGAUUCGUUCAUGAUGUCGAUAUGAGUUCAAGAAAACAUGUACUUGUCGCUUUUGUUAUUAAAGUAUGGAAUGUUAUGGCUAAGAUAUAUGCUGAUAAGGGACAGCCCGAAGAAGUUAUUAGCAUAUAUAAAGCGAUGUCUCAAUAUGGUACAUUUCCUAACGUGAAAACUUACUCAACGUUGAUAAAAUCCGCAGCAAAGGCAAAUGAUCCAUAUAAAUGUUUUGAAUUUUUAGAGAAAAUUAUUUCAAGAGGCGAAAAAACAAAUUCUGCUACACUAAAUUUCCUUUUAAAAGCAUGUCUUUCAUCAAAAGACGCUAAUAUACAAGAGAACGCAGAUAUAAUUAUUGAAUUAAUGUCGCAUUGGAAAAUUGGACCAAAUGGAACAACAUUUUUAAUUUUAUUACAACAUUGCAAAAAUCAUGAACAAUUAGAAGAUAUUUGGAAUAAAACAUUAAAAUAUAGAUUAUGUAAAAAUAAAAGAUUGCAAGAAGAAAUUAUAAAGAUAUGUUGUACAAAACUUUCUUUUAAUAAAUCUUUGACUUAUGAGAAUCAACAUAAUAUGAAAAAUAUGAAGGAUGGAAUAUCAAAAUGCUUUGAUUAUUUUUUAAGAUUUUAUAGAAUUUCUAGAGGAGAAAUCCCAUUAGAAAUUUAUAAUACAUUAUUAAAGUAUUGUACAAUGAAAGGAGAUAUUUUUAGGUCAAUGAGAAUAUUAGAAAUGAUGUGGGAAAAAAAUUUGGAACCAAAAAAAUCAUUAUAUAAAAAUUUAUUUGAUUCAAUACAUGAUAACACAAUAAAUAAUAGAACAUAUACUUGGAGAUUAAUAGAAGGAAUGUUUUUUAAACCAAAAACUAUUAAAUUACAAAAAUCAUUAUUAAGUUCAAUGAUUUUAACUUUAGGAAGAUUACGUGAUGUUCGUGGAAUUAUGGAAUUUUAUCAAGAACUUCUCAAAUAUAAUACCAAUUAUCAUGAUUCAUUUAUGAAUAGAACAAAUAACAUUCCUAUGGAUAUUAAAUUAUAUAAUAUUUUUAUGAAGGCUAUAUCGGAAUGUAAAUACGGACCAUUAAGCUUCAUGGAAAUGAUUAAAUAUACUCCAAUUGGACUUCAACUAAAUCAUAUUAGUGUUAAAUACUUAUUUUCCUCUAUACAGACCAAAAAAGACAUUAAAUCGUUUGGAUCAACAUUAUUUGAAUUUGUUAUUAAACAAGAAAUAAUUCUUAGUAAAGAUGUAUUAGAAGAUAUAAUAAGAAAUACUGUACGGAAUAUAUCAGAUACGGUUGGUUAUGGAGAUAUUAUUAUUAAACAAUUGGUAAAUGAAAUAAUUAGUGUGCAGGAGGGAAAGGAUUUAUUGGAUUGUCUCAAUAUAUUAGAGACGCCAUUAAAUUAGCAAAGGGACUAAAUUACCAAUUAUAAUUCUUAAUUAAACUAGCUACUUGCUGAAGUUUUUUGAAUUUGAUCUU